AUUUAGUUGUUACUAAGAAAAAGCAUAUAAAUAAAUAAAUAAACAAAUAGAGUUAUAACUAUGGCAGAUACUCAAAAAAAUUUAAGACCAAUGACAAGCCACUCUUGUGCUACGACUGAAAGAUCAUAAAAAAAAGUAUACAAUUAGCUGUGGGACCAAAUGAUGAGAAAAUCUACUGCUGAUGGAUUUCAUCACUCAAGACCUCGUAAAUUGUCUCCCUUCAGAUACUAAACUAAUGGAGAUUGGAGUAUUUUAAUGGGUAGAACUUCUCCAGAUAACAGAUGUGGAUCUCAUAUCAAAAGAAACAUUACUAAUGAUACCAUGAGAACUUCAUUCUAUAAAACUGAUUAAUUUUUAUCACCUGAUAAAAUAGGUUACAAUGCUAAAACUAACGAUGGAUAAUUUAGAGUGAUUAAAGUCAAUAAAAAUCUAUGGCAAAGUGAUGUGCUUAACUAAAAGCAAAUCGAUGUGUAGCCAUAAUAAAAAAAUAAAUAUUUUCAUCAGACUUUAAGGACAGAGUAAAGUAAUGGUUUCCAAGAGCAAACUAAUUUAUCAUAAACAAAGGGGGCUACAUAUAUUAGAAAAGAUCACUAUAACAAAUAUGUAGCCACAAAUUAAAAUCGUUAUCAUGGAGGGGAAGGAUAUUUACACUAGAAGAGGGAUUCUAAAUAAAUGGUAAAGCUAAUAAAUCAAGAGGAGCAAAGGUAGCUCAGCUAAACAAGAGAAGAAUAAAGAACUAGAAAUUAAAAUCUAAGUUAUACAAAUGCUUUUGAGGAUUACAAAAAGCGUAUAGAUGAUAAAACCUCUUUUAUUAAUAUUCAGAUUAAUAAUGAUAAAUUACUAAAUAAUACCUUCUAAUUUACUUAAACAUCUCCAAAGAAUAAUAAUAUGGAUGAAAGAGGAAGAUAAACAAGUUUAGGAUUCACAAGAACUACUGAUUCUUAAGGAUUUAACAUGGAAAAGUUAGAAAAAAAAUACAAUGAACCAUUUAAUCAAAAAGUUUAAUAAAGAAGUGGUAGAAAAAUGCCUUAAUACAUGAAGGAUCUUUUUGAAAGCAAAAAAUUUAAAGACAGUUUAUAAUAUUGA